GGCGCGGCAUGUGACUCGGCGUGCCCGCGUGGUUAGGAGGGCGCGCGGGCGGCGGCGGGCCCGGCUGACCGCGCGCCAUGGGCGAGGAGUAUCCGCGCUCCCCCUGCGAGCGGUUCCCGGCGGCGGGCGCGUUCAGCGUGGCACCGCCGGAGAGGCUAAGCCCGCCGCCGCCCGCGCCGCUGCCGGAUCGCUUCUCAGCGUCUCCGAGGCGGGUGCGCCGUUGCGCGGAGGCCGAGCGCGCGCGGCGGCCGCGCUAUGUGCCGCCGGCGGCUCACGUGCCGGUGGAGCGGUACGUGCCGCGGCCGCCGGCGCCGCUGCGCCCGCCGCCCCCGGUGUACUGCGGGCUGGCUUGUCGGCCGCCGCCGCCAUCGUCGCGCGUCAAGUGCUGCGGCCCAGCAUGCCGCGAGGACCUGGCGGCCUCGCCGCCCCCCACUCGUUACGUGGAGUACGUGGGCGCCGCCGCCGCACGCCGCCUGGCAUGCACGCCGCCACCACCACCGCCGCCCGCGCUCCAGUUGCCCUGCGAGCCACAGGAACCUCCGUGCUGUGUCCAAGCCCGCAGGCGACCGCAGCCUCCACAUGAUUGGCGGUCAAGCGCAGGCUUGCUGGCACCCCAGCUGGCAUGCCAAAGCGCAUCGCCGGCGCCGGCCGCGUCGGCUCCCCUCCCCGCGCCUGCGUCCCCCCCGCGGGUGGUGUCCGCACCGCCCGCGCCGCUCGCGCCGCCCCCCGACCCCGUUCCCCAGCCCGCCCAGGAAGACGGUGUCAGAUUGCGCAGAGUGCACACCGUCGCGGUGCGGGAUUACCUUAAGAGAGAGACGCAGACGUUCUUCGGUGUACAGAGGGACAAUGAGAGGGAACAACGGCGGCUGUGGUACGAGAGGCGGAGGAGGCACGCGGCGCGGGCGCUCGGCGACCUCCGGCUCGACCUGCCUCCGGAUCAUCAUCCUGACGAUGAUGAUAUUAGUAUGUAUGGAGCAUCGGGAGCGGCACCGAGAGAGGCGCGGGGGCGCGCGCGCGAGCGGCCCGACGUGCUGCCCGCGCCCGCGGCGGCGGACGAGCCCGCGCCCCCCGCCCUGCCGCGACCUGGCAAGGACAGCGUCGCGCGGCUCACGCUCAGCGGCCUUUCUUAUGUUGUUACCGCGGUGACGCGGCGAUCGCGGCAGUCGUCGUCGGCGCAGUGGUCGCGAUCGUUCCGGAGCAGCGCGCCGCACGAGGAGGGCGACGUAGAUGACGUGUUCUUUGCUGCGCCGACCACGGUUGCGCACCUCGACGACGAGAUCGACGGAGGAAAGAGCGCUCGAUCGCCGCUGAGCUCCGGUGGCGUGGAGUACCGACGGCCGGAGCGGAGUGUAUCAUGGGGCGCGGGCGGCGCGCGCAUCCACACCCCGAUGCUUGAGCCGUUGGCAGACAACUCCAAUCGAAGGCAGUUCGGCAUGGGCGUCGUUGGACGAUUUUUCAGACGGUCGCUCCGAAAAUCCGUGACGCGGCAGGAAGACGUUGCGCAGCAGCUGGACGAGCUGACAGACUACCGGCCGUACUUCACGUGGUGGGUCAGCACGGUGCAGACGUUGGUGCUGCUGUUGAGCCUGCUGUGCUACGGCUUCGGGCCCGUCGGCUUCGGCCGGCACACGCAUUCCGGACAAGUGCUCGUGAAGAGCUUGAGUUUGCAACAGGUUGAAUGGGAAGAGCCAGCAUCCUUCUGGCUCGGGCCGCGGGCGGCAGACCUGAUACACUUGGGUGCUAAAUUCGCCCCUUGCAUGAGGAGGGACGCUAGGAUAGCGCGCGCGAUAGCAGCAUCGGCGAGAAGAGAACGCGACACGGCGUGCUGCAUACGAAACGACGAUUCUGGCUGUGUACAAUCAUCCAAGGCUGACUGCUCGAUAAGAGGAUUAACCCCGAAGGUGGGUCUGAACACAAUAUCAACGUGGAAAAAAUGGUCGUCGGGUGAGUCCGGUCCCGGAGGUCGGAUAUCGGGCUCUGUUUGUGGGUUAGAUCCAAAGUUUUGCGAAGCUCCACGUUCGAUAGCCCCGCACGAAUGGCCGGACGACAUCACGAAAUGGCCGAUCUGCCGCAAGUCUGUGAUCGACGGCUCCGCCGCGGCGGGCCGCGCGGGCCACGCCGCCGAGCACAUGGCGUGCGAAGUCAUCGGCCAUCCGUGCUGCAUAGGCGUACACGGGCAGUGUGUUAUCACGACGAGAGAGCACUGUGAUUUUGUUAAGGGUUAUUUCCACGAGGAAGCGUCGUUAUGUUCUCAGGUGUCCUGCCUUGAUGACGUAUGCGGCAUGCUGCCAUUCAUGCGACGCCGACGUCCCGACCAGCUGUACCGCGCCUGGACCUCGCUGUUCGUGCACGCCGGUCUGCUCCACCUGGCGGCGUCGUUGGCGCUGCAGUGGCUGUUCAUGCGGGACCUGGAGAAGAUGGCGGGCCCGGUCAGGAUCGCCGUGGUGUAUCUGGGGAGCGGUGUCGCCGGGAAUAUGGCGUCGGCGAUCUUUGAACCUUAUAGAGCCGAGGUGGGGCCGGCUGGAUCUCACUUCGGCUUGCUGGCGUGCCUCAUAGUAGAAGUGAUCGGUGCGUGGCCGCUCCUGAAACAUCCGCGACGCGCGCUCCUCAAACUCAUAGGGCUCGCGCUAGCGCUGUUCGUGCUCGGUCUCCUGCCGUGGAUCGACAAUUUCGCUCACGUGUUCGGUUUCGUAUUCGGAUUUCUCCUGUCGUACGCGCUGCUGCCGUUCAUAACGUUCGGGCCCUACGAGAGGCGGCGGAAGAUCGUGCUGGUGUGGGCGUGCCUGGUGUCGGCGGGCGGCAUGAUGUGCGCGCUGGUGGCGCUGUUCUACGCGGCGCCGGCCUACGAGUGCGCCCUGUGCGCGUACUUCACGUGCCUGCCGUUCGCGCCCGACAUGUGCGCCUCGCAGGACGUGCGCGUGCGCCAGCUGGACGGGGUAUGACGGCGCGCGGCGCGGGCGUGUCCGCCGCCAGAGCCCCCUCGCCCGAAGCGACCCGCCGCCGCCCCGGCCUGCCUGCCCGGCCUGCCCUGCCUGCCCGGCCUGCCCUGCCUGCCCGGCCGCCCCGCCGCAGCCUAGGGACACACCCUCUCCACCCGAUACCCGGCCAGAUACUGGCAACUUCCUACACUGAAUGUGUCGAUAUCUCCAACUCUAUUGCGAGAGCGAUGAAGUCGGAGGUAUUGGAACUCGCGUUCUUCGAAUUUUGUAAUUCAGGCAGUGGUACUUGCACGCGAGAGAACCGAACGACGAUCGUAUGAUACGCCUCAGACAUUCUCUUGCCGCAAACGCAUCUCACGGUUGAAAGAGUACAUCUGCAGAUUUUGAUCAGAAGCGACUAAAGUAAAAAAUAUAUAUACAUACUUACCUAUUUACUCAAAGAAUGGUAAUUUUUCUUACCAAAUGAUUCACACCGAAUUAAUAUAAUUAUCCAGCUUCCUGUAAAAUUACACUACUCAUUACACAUAAUUAUACUUUCCCUGUUUUUCCAUCGAUUCAUAUUUUAUAGACUAGAAUGCUUUCAAACAUGACAUCCUGUCGACCUCUGGCCUAGUCGGUAGUGGUAGGCAGGGUGCCUAUUAAGCUGAUGGUCCUAGGUUCAAAUCCCGGUAAGGGCAUUUAUUUAUGUGAUUUAAGUAUUUAUAAAUAGUUAUAUACAUAUUGUUGUAUAAGUACCCACAACACAAACCUUACCCAAUUAGACGGUUCAAGAACUUACAUGCAAUUUUCGUUACAUUGCGGUAUUUGGUCGAUCGACUGAAUUUAUUGUAGGUAAUCUGUUGUAGUUAGCAAUGUAUGGAAUAUUGCAUUCAAGUUCUUGAACCAUCUUAUAUGACUUAUAUGAGGCUUCAGUUAACUUGUAUAAUAAAGUCCUAUAAAUAUAUUUAUGAGAACGAAUUUGUUUUUCUAUUAUUUCAAAAAAUUAUUUCGUCGCACUUGCUUGCAAAUAAUCUGCGUCUCAAAGUAAACCGUUAGAAGUGAAUUUAAUCAAUUUAAUACCAUAAUAUGUGAGCGGUUGAGUAUUAUACUUACCUAUUGAAUUUGUUGUUUGAAUGGACUAAAAUUAUCUCAAAUUUGGAAACAUGCAAUUUCGAGAAUGUGUAUAAUCGAUUAAAAAUAAUGUGAUAAUAUCCACGGGUAACUUAUCGUUCGAAGCGAGUAAUCGUUGUAUAUAACUUGUAUUAUAUAUUUGUAAGAAGCUGUAUUUAAAUGUGCGGAUGUCGAACGCAAUUUACGGGAACGUCGUGCAGUCGCAACGUACUUAUAAAUAAAAGUAUUUUUCUAAUUACAAAUAAAACAAAUAACGUCGAGUGAUUUCAAAUGUAGAAUUAACUCUGUUUAACCAAGUGUUACAGACGUGUAAAAUGAUUGUAGUGAAUUUUCUCUGCAUUCCCGCUAACGAGACACAUUUAAUAUUUUAAUUUUUAACUAUACAAUGAGGAUCUAAAAUGCUAAAGAUGAGAUACAGCAGUUAUCCUCUUCGGGUUAUAGUAGUGUGAGCAUAUACAUCACUCAAUAAAAUCACAUCUCUAUGGAAGAAACUGCCUUAUGCUAUAUAACCUAAUAAAAACCUUAGUUUCUUCGGAAGUAGAACUGUGUACGUAUUAAUGUCUACUAGUAUAUUAUGAGGGAUUCAGAGAAAAUUCCCUAUAGGGUUAUUACUAGUUCUGCGUUCUUUUGUGGCGGUUGUAGCAUAAACAUGUUCCCGUAAUGGUGUCAAAAUAUACAUAAUUUAGUAUAUUACUAAAUAAUGUAAAUAGUGUUAAAUAAAUAUGUCAUAUUUUCAUGUCUUAAGUUUAUCAUGCAUAACGAAUUCAGUCUUAUCUGUAAGUAUCACAAUAAUAACGUUUUAAUUUUGUCAAUUUAUAUAGGUAUAUAAUAAAGUCUGCGUAGGUUUAUAUAUGUUAUUUUAUAAAAUAUGCUAGUAAAUAUUUAAACCAUCUAACUUUAGGGUUAUUUAUUUUAUUACCUGAGCAUUGGGUAUGCAGAUUAUUUAAAUGAAUUUGUGAAUGAGACAUUUGCAGUUUGAAAUCUUAUUGUUAAUUAAAGUUUACUGAUUUGACGCGCACUAGGUAAUACUGGUAUGCUAAGUCCAGAGCUAAACAUCACAAGGUUCAAAUAUCAAAACAAUGUCAGCUCUUGACCGUUAAAAAAUAUAAAAAGAGAUAUAUUCGGUCUACCUGGCAGCACUCAGGUCCAGGCAUUUGUCAUUGAGGCUAUAUUCUUGAGAACUCUCGACAUUACUUUAUUAUUUAUGAUAUUUUAGUAAGCAUGUUGCGUAAUAUAUAUGUGUAAUAAGUUUGUUACUGGUAGGCGAUUCUGUAUCGCAGGGAAACCUGAACUUGACAUUUUUUAUACAAACUCGGAACCAUUGUAUAUAGAGUCAUUUCUGUAAGUAGUCCUUAUAAAUAUGAGACAAGGGAUGUCUUCAUACAUAUGAUAUUGACGCAUACAAUUAUUUUUAUAUCGAAUUACUGAAAGAAAAUUAUGUUUUUAAAUAUCCAAAUAAUAUGUAGUUGGAAAUUGAGAGUCGAUAGCAAUAACAAAUUUUGUGCGACUGGUUCAUAAAAGUAAUUAACAAAAUUAAAAAAUAUAGUUUUGGGUUAUGCUCGAAAUGUUGAAGAAAAAUAAUUGUGGUAAUUAUUGUAAUUUUUGGUGUGGAUUUUACUACCUAUUGCGAGUUAUUUAUCAUCAACUUAAAUUAUUAUAAAUACUGUUUAAUAGUGUCUUUGCUUGCUUUGUUAACUGUGUAUAAGCGCACUAUUUACGUUUUAGAGCCCUUUACUUUUAUCGGACCAGUCAUCAAAUAAUUAAUAUUUAUGACGAUACACUGCCUAAGCUUUUAUUAUUAUUUACUAUCUGCCACUUGUAUGUAACAUGUGGCAUCGAAUAAAGGCACUAUCCAUGGCAUAUAUCAUAUUUUUUUCGUCUUGCUUAUAUUAAAAUACAAUAAAUGGAUACCUACCCCUCGUUCGAAAUGAAAAUAAUGUGAUAAUGAUAUCAGUUCGUUUUAAUUACAAUAAAACUUGUUGUUUGCAAUGUUAUAAAGUCAUCUUCAUGUCAAGAGUGCCAUUACUCGAUGGCGCCUUUAAUGUGUGUAUGUUAUACUUUAACAUACGUACAUCAUGCAAUAACAUGGAAAUAAUAUGGGGUACCUAUAUUAUGCAAUAAUACAGCUAGGAAAAGCAAUACUGAAACAUAGAAAUAUUUAGUUUGAGUUUAUCUUUGUCCAGUAAGUAAAUUGCUGCUUCCAAAAAUUUUGACGAAUAUUAGAGAAUGAAUGGAUCACGUUAAAUUAGAGGAAAUAUUGCGAAUGGAAGCUGAAAACCCAUGAACCAUACAUUAAAAAUCGCUUUUAAUUUACCACUAUCUUAAAGAUCCUAACAUUUAGUUUGAUAUGAUGUACCUAUUAUUAAAUUGCGUAUGCAAAGUCCCAUAACCCAUAACAUUCGAAUUUUAAAAUGAGAACCAACUCUGUGUAUCUAUAGUUAGACGCAGCGUUAAGUUAUACGUACAAAGAUUUUCAUUAGAGUCAUUAGAACUCAAGUUUACAUACUAAAACAAGGCAUUGACAUAUGGGCGUUUUGUGAACUAGUUACCGAAGUAUACCCAUUCAUUCAAUAUUUUUUAUUGUUAUAGCGAUGCUACGUGAAUGCGAAACGGUGUCACUAACAAGGAAGGGUACCCAACUGUCCGACUCCGAUUUAAUUCAUUUUGAUAUAUGUUAUAGAGUAGUCUAAAAUAACGGACACGUAUUUUUUUUUAGCUGACCAAACUCAACCUAUUGGGAGAAAUUGUCCUCCAAAGUACUAAAAAGUUACUAAAUCUUCUAACUCCUAUAGAAAGUGAUGCUCAAGCAACUUGCUAGUUAAGGGCUGGUUUGAGUAUAUGUUUGAAAGCAGCAAAAAAUAAUGUGCACGUGUUUUGUUAUAUCUGAUUAAACUCAAGUUUUCCUAAAAAAAUACCUGUCUUUAUGUGUAACUUUAGCGAUAAGAUAUUAUAAAACUUCGAAUGUCGAUUUUUUUAGGAAAAAAUGAGUUUUAGCCGAUAUAACAAAACACGUGCUCAUUAUUUUUUGCUGCUUUCAAACAUAUACUCAAACCAGCCAUUAACUAGCAAGUUGCUUGAGCAUCACUUUCUAUAGGAGUUAGAAGAUUUAGUAACUUUUUAGUACUUUGAAGGCCAUUUUCUCCUAACAGGUUGAGUUUGGGCAGCUAAAAAAAAUACGUGUCCGUUAUUUUAGACUACUCUAUAACAUAUAUCAAAAAGAAUCAAAUCGGAGUCGGACAGUUGGGUACCCUUCCUUGUAAGGUCAGUAAAUACAAUUUUCGUAACUUGAUAUGUGAUCAGCUAACUGUCCCUACCUGCCUACAGACAUCGGUGAGACCUAUUCGCAAUUAAGCCCCAAAGACAUUGAAUCAUUGUCAAGUGACAGUAGCAGAAAUUGAUUCAUAUAAUUAGCAAGCAAAAGUAUCGUAACUCUUCAAUUUAGUUAACUUUGAGUUGAAACUUUUAAUUUAUAUUUGUACAGGAAGAGUGCCAUGAAAGAAACAUAUUCCUUUAUGGAUAUUACAAAUUUGAAUGCAUUUUAAAAUAAUAAUUCUUAAAAAAUAUAAAAGUAGAUCACUACUUACUUUCUUCGUACAACUUUUCCGAAAUAAUUAUUUUGGAUCUUUCAUAUGUUUGCUGUUUCAUACUACUUACAUUCUCUAAAACUGGUUUGUUUAAAUGUCCAGAUUGUGUCCAUAAAUUAAAUCAUUUAACUUUGUAUAACGAUUUCCUUUACAAUUUUGCAAUCGCUUCUUUACUUAACUACUCAAAGCAAAAAAAGUUUGGCAACUAAUAAUGAUUUUUAAUUAAUAUUAUCUAAAACUUCAUCUUCCUAAUCUAAAAUAGUUUUUUUUAAUAUGUAAUAUUUAAUAGGUCCGUCUCUUUAUUUGACUUUUAAUAAUUUUUCAAGUUAAAUCUUAAUUAAUGACUUGCCUAUUACUAGUUUUGCAGGUAAGCCGUUUUCACUACUCACAGAUAGAAGGCUUGCUUGUGUGAAAAUCUCGAGUCUUUGAGAUAUGAUUUGAAAUAAACUAUUGUGUGUAACCUUAUAUUGUGUAGCAGGUUUAAUGAAGCGAUUGUUAUAACCCGCUACUUAGAUACCUUUUUUCAACUACCAAACUGCACGUUUCGAUAAUCGUUACUAAAUCCUAAGAAGAAGUUUUUAAGUGGAGUUACGUAAAUACAGGUUGCUAGCCAAUAGUUAUGGAAAAAGGUUUCGAAUGUUGAUUUAGUAAUUUUUGCGAGUUGUUGUCCCUACUUUUUUUAUUGUGUAAGAAAAAAGGUUUACAAGAGCUCGCAGCUUACGUUGUUAUUAGUGUGAUCCCGGUACUAGUUUACAAAACUGAUAUUGCACAUGGGACCGGAUAUUGCAGUUUCCCGCCAUACAAAGUCAGUACCGGGAGCACUGCCUAGUUGUUAUAAACACACCCUUUGACUUAUUACUUCGGAUUUUAUACUAAUAAAUUGAACGUUUGACUGUUGUGUGAAGUGUGUUCGUAUGAAACUGGCUAUCAACAUUUUGCCAAAUGAGUUCACCGCGUUAUUUCAAAGUGCCCUUGCGGCCGGCGGCGGCCCGGCGGACUGUUUCUGAAUUUAACUCUAAGACAAAAUUUACACAUUGUACAUUGUGAACAUACAAUUAAUUAAUUAAUUAUAUGAAAUGGUAAAGUAAUCUUAUUGUAAACUAGCAUUAAUCGAACAAAAAACCUUAUUAUCAUAAUA